AUGUGCGGUCGAUAUGCUCUUGCGCUCUCCAACGAGGAACUCUACGAUUCACUCGAAGCUCGAUUACCGAGGUUAUUCGAGAAUGGGCGUCCGAGGUGGGAAAGGCAGCAGGAUAAUAGGGGUGGGAAUUACAAUGUCGCACCUCGCCAGAGGGCUCCGGUGAUUCGGCGUGAUCCGGAAGACGGUGAGAGAGGAAUGAUCGAGACUAUGCAAUGGGGUCUGAUCCCUCAUUGGACGAAACAUCCUCCGACUGGUCCAUUGAAUACCAUCAAUGCAAGAUCAGAGGGUCUACUAGAUCCAUCUUCAGGUGGUAUGUGGCAUGCUCUCAAAGGUUACAAGAGAUGUAUAAUACCUGCGCAAGGAUAUUACGAAUGGCUUAAGAAACCUUCAUCUAAAAUACCCCAUUUCACCCGUCUACCACUCUCCGAGAAAACAUCAAUCGAUCAUCCACCUUUACUAUUCUUCGCAGGUUUAUACGAUAUAGUCAAAUACGAUACUCGUGAAGCGUAUCCUACAGGUAAUCCCAUACCUUUGGCGACGUAUACGAUACUUACCACUGAACCAUCUAAGGAUAUCAGGUGGUUACACGACAGGAUGCCUGUGAUACUCACUGAAUGGGAUGAUAUAGUCAAUUGGCUAGAUUUGGGAGAAGUAAAAGGUUGGAAAGAAGGUAAAGGAGGUACAGGAGAUCUUUUAAAGAGUAAAGAAGGUUUAGAAAGUUAUCCCGUACCUAACGAAGUAGGUAAGAUAGGUAACAACUCGCCUACGUUCAUUCAGCCCGUAUCGGAACGUAAAGAUGGAAUUAAGAGUUUCUUUUCAAAACAACAAUCUUCACCUGUCAAGACCAAGAAGGAAGCAUUGAAUAAAUCUCCUGUUAAGGUCAAAUCCGAAGAUGAGAAGAAAGUCAAAGAGAAAGCUGAAGGGAUUGAAAGUGAUAUAACGCCGAAGGAUGAGGAAAAGGGAUUAGGGGAUGAUUCGAAUGCCCCGAAUCAAGAUCGAGCUCAUUCCCAUCAGGCUUUACCUGCUGAUGAUAAAGGUUUCGUUAAAGUAGAGCAGGCAGGGCAGCACAGGAAAAGAGAACGAUCAGAUGAUGAGGGUGAAGAUGAAGACGUCAAAGAAGUUGAGCCGCCCAAAAGAGGUACGGGAGGUCAUCAGACCAAGGUGAUUCGUAAGAAUGUGGAUGAGGGGCAUAAAGAGCAACCGGCAAUAACGAAUUUCUUUAAAUCGCCUUCACAAUCUAUGACUCAACCUGCUUCCACUUCCAACAAGAGGAGAAAGCGAUGA